CACACGUGACACCUGAAACCGAGCAGCUGUUUACAUGAGAAGAGGAAGUAUCCAAAGAGCCUCGACAGCAGAUUUAUUCUUCUUUUGAAACUAAAAUGUCUUCUUAGCUCACAGUUAGACCUUUAAUCCGGUUUCUCCGGUCCCGGUUCACCGCGCGAAGAUGUUGGAGGUGGAUCAGCGGCUUCAGGCUGGAUCCACGGAGGUGGCUGUGAUCCCGGAGAAUCAGCACUGUGGUGAUGUAGCGGACAUACGGAAAGCCGAGCUUGCUCCUGGAGGCUCCCUGCUCGGAUGUCUGGGUGUCCGGGGGCAGCUGGUGGUGUGGGACCCGGCGGACAGAGAGGCUUCUCCGGCUGCAGUGGAGGGCAGCUAUCGAGAUUUUUCGUGGGAGGAGGUGUCCGUCCACUCUCGGGGAGUCGGCGGCUUCAGGCUGCUGGCUGUGGGAUCUCAGGGUGACCUGAAGCUGCUGGAGGUCAGGGCCGAGCGGUCGGCCUUCAUCUCCGUGCUCUGUGUGUGUGAGUGUCCUGCAGACCGGCUCCUGCAGACCGUUAGAGACCAGGACCCCGGUGUGAGCGAGCUGCAGGUGGUGCAGGUGCUGUCCUUUGUAACUGGCCGCUGCUGCGUUCUGCUGAACUCUGACUGGUUGCUGCAGCUACAGUGGCAGCAGGAGGAGGAGGAGCCUCAGACGUUAUCCUGCUGCAGAGUCCAGCUGGCCGACGGCGACUCGUGCUCUGCUGUCCAUCACUGCGUCUCCAUGGAAACCCUGUUUGCCCUCAGCUCCACUGGACUCAUAUCUGUGUGCAGCGUCUCUGAUGGCACUCUGCUGGCCAGCAUUAACCUGCCCGCCUACCUGAGCUCCAGCCCGGCAGAGGACGAGCUCACCUCCUUCCCCUUCUCCUCCUCUCCCUCCUUCUGCCUCCUCCAGGUGUCGGCUGAUCUGAGCACAGCCGUGGCCGUCACUCAGUCCCACGCCGCCGUCGCCGUCGACCUCAACCACUACUUCAGGAUGUUUCCGGACCACCUGCUGUGCGCCGCCCCCCGGCCACGCCCCCCUCUUCAGCCGCAGCACCCCAGAGACCAGGACAGCCUGUCGAGCUCCGGCUUCAGCAUCUCGGCCCUGGGAGCGACCUUCAGCGCCGACCGCUCCUGGGAGGCUCGUCUCACCUUCUUGUACAGCAGAGCACAACAGGCCACUGCUCCUUCCUCCUCUUCCUCCUCUUCAUCUCGGCCUCCCAGGACCUCCUCCUGGUUCUCCUCCCUCCCCCACCUGGACUCCCACCUGGCUCCAUCCUCGGCCCACAGCAGAGUGCCUCCAGGGGGGCUGACCGUCGCUUUCGCCGUCCCCGAAUCAUCCGCUUCAUCUCAGCUCACCGUCUCCGAGUUCUCCGCUCUGCUGACCUUCGUCCGCCCAGGAAACCAACAGACCACAGUGGCAUUGUGGGAUAUACGGGAGUACGGGAACGUGAGCUACCACCAGGCGGCGGGCGAGGCGGCGCCGGUUCAGCGCUGUGGAGAACGACAGCAUCGGCUGCUGCUGAAGAAGGCCGGUGUGUUCCAGGUCCUGUUCUCCGUGUCGCAGCAGGACUUGCUCAGCAGGUUGAUGUUGUUCGGCAGCGCGGCGACAGUGGACGCAGUCUGCCACCUGAACAGCUGGGGGCGCUGCUCCAUCCCCAUCCACGCCCUGCAGACUGGACUGAAGAACCGUCAGCUGGACACGGUCGAUUUCUACCUGAAGAGCAAAGAAAACGUCCUGAACCCUCCGGCGGCAGCGUUCAGCUCUGCUGAUCAUCCCGCCGCCUCCACACUGAGCCUCACAGACAGAGUGCAGGAGCUGUGUCCCGCCUUAGACCUGCUGUGUUCGGCCGUCAGAGACUCGAACAGCGAAGCUCAGAGCCGACAGUUCUCUGAGCAGCUGCUCAACAUCACCCUGAGCUUCGUGAACACGCAGAUCCGCUCCGUGCUGUCCAACACACACCACGAGGACUCGGCCAUGCAGAGCUGCAUAAAUGUUCUGGAUCGGUACGUCGCCGAGCUGAGGAGCUACAUGAAGAGAUUCCCCUGGGCUGCAGGACCCGAUGUGUCGGCUACCAGAGCUGCUGCUCCGGCCAAGGAGGAGGCUCAGCGGGACGAGUGGGAGCAGCUCUCAGCAGAGGAAAUGAUCCAUCAGUCCAUCCUGACCAAUCAGAUCCCCAGAGCUCAGGCGGUCCUGCGGAGCCAGAACCGGCCUGAACGUCGCCUGUCGGCUCUGAGGAGGGAGGGUCUGCGGCAGGUUUUCUCCUGCCUGCAGCGCCGAGACCUGGAGACCACCAACACGCUCCUCGCCAACAUGGGUUUCAGUGUGAAGCAGCAGCUCCACCUUAUCUGCCUCCACACGGAUGAUGAGGAGCUGAGGGAGCUGAUGGUGGAGGAGCUGUCCAGACGGAGUUACUUCCCAGAGGAGGAGAAGGAGAGUGUUGAGUUCAUCGGGGAGAUGGAGAAGCUGGGGUCGCAGCCGGCCGUCCGCUGCACAGGAAGUACCUCGAAUCAAGGAAUCCAAAAACUUCCUGGGACUGUUCGGAUGGCUCGUAAAGAGGGAGGUGGUGAGGAGGUUCUGAAAGAGCUGGAGGUGCAGAGGAGGCCUCGGGAAGAGGAGGAGGAGGAGGAGCGGGGGGGUCUCUGGAGGAAACUGAGACUGGACUGGGUGAAGAACUGGGACCAGAGCUGCCGGACAGCCGUCCUCCUGUCCAGACUGCAGUACGCAGAGCUCAGAGCCUGCGACGCUGCAGUGCUGUGGCGUUAUCUAACCGUCCUGCACGACCAGCGCCGCGUGGUUGACUGGAUCCAGAAUACGGAGACCUCUGGCGCCCCCCGGUGGCCGGACUUAACCCCAGAACUGGUGAACGACAGCACGGCCUGCAGCAGCUACAUGAGGGAGAACAUCCUGGACCUGCUGGCCAGGAGAGGCGUGUUCAUCCCGGACGAGCUGGCACACCUGGAGCAGCUGCUGUGGAGGCUGGCUCAGGGUGGAGGCGUGAUGGCUUCUUCUCCUCCCAUCCCUCAGUACCGCUCUCCCCUCGGGCUCGACCUCCACGGCGUCUUCAUCACCUUCUGUCUGGAGCACAACCUUCAGUACCUGCUCUACACCUACCUGGAGCACUACAGACUGACCCCCAGAAACUGCUCCCUCCUGAGCAGUCAGAGCCUCUCUGAGCGGCAGCCCUGGUUCGAAAUGCUGGUGCGGAUCCAGGAGAUCACCAGAGAUCUGUCAGAUCCAGGACUGGUGUUCCAGGCCAGUCUAACCAGUGCUCAGGUGUUAUUACCUGGCAGCCAGGCGUCUCUCAGCAGUCUGCUGUUAGAGGGUCACAGUCUGCUCACUCUGGCUGCCAUCAUGUUCGCCCCCGGAGGAAUCGACCAGGUGAUGGCUCAGGGUGAAAGGUCGGGCAGGUCGGAGAGGACGGUCGACCCACAGCUGCUGAAGAUGGCGCUGGCCCCGCAUCCCAAACUGAGGGCCGCCCUGUUCCCUGCCGUCCCCCGAGGAAACGGCCCGCCCUCCGACAUCUCCGUUUACCACCUGCUGCAGUCCCUCCACCCUCUGGACCCAUCCAGGCUGUUUGGCUGGCAGGCAGCAAACACACUCAACUCCACAGAAACGUCGGAGCUGCCUCACUUCUCCAGCCCUCACCUGGUCCAGAGGUUUGCUCUAAAAGAGAAUCUGGACUAUCUCUACUUCCUCCACCACGGUCGGCCAUCUUUCGCCUACGCCACCUUCCUCGUCCAGCAGCUGAGCGGCAGCGGAGACGUCAGGCUAACGUUGCAGGAGGCCUCGCGGCGAGCGUCCAGGUUGGCCCUGCAGCGUUUCAACAUGCCGUCUGUGGCGUCGGCCGCCAUUUGCUUCUGUGAGCUGCUGGGAGUCUGCAGCCUCAAGCUGAGGGUCGACAUCAGAGCCAUGAAUGCAAUCCUGCAGCACUGGAACCAACACAACACACACAGCAGCCCGACACAGCAUCUGCACACUCUGGUGUCUAAAGGCGUGAAGCUGGUGGAGGCGGAGCCUGGAGCAGCAGAGGAGUUGAUUGGUUACCUGGAAGCUGCAGUAACAGACAGUUUGGAGCAGAGAGGCAUCGGCAGGUCGUCGUACGAGGCGGCUCAGGAGUGGGCGCUGCCCGUUCAGUUCUGUCAGCUCCACAAUCUGCAGCUGAGCUCCGUUUACCCCGCCCACUGUGCCCAUGACGGACAGUUCAUCCACUUCCUGUUAUUUGUCCAACUGCACAACUUCCCGCCUCAGCAGGUGAGGUCGCUGGCGGCUCAGUUUGGCCCCACCCUCCAGGCCCACCUGAGCUUGGCAUUUCAGGACCUGCAGGUUUACUGUAAGCGGAAGAGCUGCGACUCUGAUGAGCAGCAAUCGGUUCUGAGAACUGAGGAGGCGGUCUCAGGGAGCCCAGAGCGCCCUGGGGAGAUGUUCCAGGUGCUCCUGCAGAGCCAGGAGGAGCCGGCGCCCUGCAGAUACCUCCUGCAGGAGGCGCUGGUGCAGCGCUGCCCGACACUGGCGGUACUGGCUGCCUGUGUGCAGGGAGCAGAGCUCCUGCCGUGCCUUUGUGUGUGGGUGCUGACCUCUGUCGAUGAUGUCACGGCCAAGGAAGCCACCUCCCACCUGGCUCAAGCGCCCCAGCAUCACGAAUGGACCCUGCACGACCUUUCCAUCAUCUGGAAGACGCUCCUGGGCCGGAGCCACGUGAGGCCCCUCCUGCGAGGCUUCGAGCUCUUCCAGAGGGACUGUCCUCUGGUGUUGGUGCUCAGGAUGUUUGAGCUGUGCUGCGACUUCAGAAACUUCGCCGAGGCCAAGUCGAAGCUGCUGGACUUCCAGCGGACGCUCAUCACUCUGAGAAAUGGUGGGCCUGCGCCGCCUGGUGGCCUCCCCCUGCAGUGGGUAGAGAGCCAGGCCUCGGUGCUGCUCCUCAUGAUGCUGCAGUGCUGCUCCUCCCAGUACGACCUCCACCGGCUGCUGCAGCUCCUCGCCGACGUCGACAAACUCCUCAAAUCCAAUGGUCCAGAUUUCAGGAAGCUGAGCCAGCUGAGUCAGUUGCUUCAGGGGUCAGAGGUCAGCCUAUCUCCCAGGCUCCUGCAGAGCAGUUCUCCCUCUGUCCAGCAGGAGGAGUUCCAGGCCACCGUGGACGCUCUGCAAGCGAGGGGGUGCUACAGCCAGGCGCGGCAGGUGUCCCAGCUGGCCGGCCUGCCUGUGCACCGUCUGCUGCUCAGCCAGCUCCUUCAGGAGGUGAGCUCUCAGAAGUCCAAGAGGCAGUGGGGCAGAUUGGAGACCCGCGUCGGCUUCUGGAAGAAAUGUCACGAGCAGCUGGAGGCCGACGGCACCGAUCCAGACCCCGCCUCCAAGUUCUUCCUGUCGCAGGCUGAGGCCGGCGAUCCAGGGUCUCUGGAGGCUCUGGAGGACCUGCUGGACAUCCAGGAGCGCUGCCUGCUGCUCGGGCUCGCCGCCCACUGGCUCUCCCGGAUCACCCCGGCUCCCGUGGACAAACUGGAGAGCCUGGAAAAAGAGCAGUGGCUCAGCCGGAUCCGCAAACACAUCCUUACCGUCACCAUGGAGAAGGAGAGCGUCUUUAAUCUGCCACCGCCGGCCGUCGCCCCUGAAAUGAAUACGCACGAGGCGCUGAUGAAGGAGUUCUCCUUCUCCCACAUAACACAGCUGAACACCGAGGGGUACCUCGGGCUGGAGGGACUGCCCGGUCCCUUAGACAAGCAGGAGGAGCCAAAUGCCGAGUCGGCACUGAGUCCAGAGGAGAGGAGCGUUCUAGCCGCUCUGAUUGGUCAGCUGUUAGACGACGGCAGCAUCCAUGAAGCCAGUCGAGUUUGCCGUUAUUUCUCCCUGUACCACCCGGACGUGUGGCUGGUGCUGCGCUGCAGAGGCCUGGCAUCUGGAGAGCUGAGCGACGAACCCCAAGAAGAUGCCUCUGAAGCUCCCGCGAGGGCGAGCAUCACGAGCUCUCCCUCAGUCAGCAGCCUGUCCUCCUUUGUGAUGCUCCCCCUCCCUGAAGACGAGGUCGCCAUCCAGCUCCAGAGACUGGUGGAUCAGUGUCGCCAUGGCAACAACUACUGCAAACAAGUCCUCAGCCUCUACCAGCUCUCCAAGGAGCUGCAGUGCUCCUUCAGCAGCAUCUGCAGGGAGGAGCCCUGCUCAGUGCUGGAGAAGCUGCUGCUGUCCGAGCAGCCGGAGCGCUUCAGGAAGGCUCGGGCCUUCGUCAAAGCUCAGGGUCUGUCUGCAGACGCCGUGGCCGAGCUCAUUUCCUCCGCUGUGGUUCAGGCACUGCUGGCCUUCACCCAGGAGCUGCAGCCAGUGGUGGAGAAGCACAUUUUCAGACCGUUGGAGGGCAGGGACGCGCUGGUGCAGCUGAUCAAACUAUGUGACGACCCGAACCUGGUGGGACUCAAACUGCUGGAGCACCUCAACUCUGUUCCUCUGAGGGACCUGAACUGCAUUGUGGAGCUGCUGAUUGUGGCGCACGACUGUUUCAGUGUCACCUGCAACAUGGAGGGGAUCGUGAGAGUGCUCCAAGCCGCCCGUCACCUCAGCCACACCUACCUGGCUCCAGGAGGGCACUACAGCCUGCUGGUCCGUCUGCUGACAGGUAUCAGCAGGUACAACGAGAUGACGUACGUCUUCGAUCUGCUGCAUCAGAACCACUGCUUCGAGAUGCUGCUGAGGAAGAAGGUGGACACAGACAGAGGACAGAGCUCCAGUCUGAAGUCGGCUCUGCUGGACUACAUAAAGCGCUGCCUCCCCGCAGACAGCGAGAAGUACAACAUGGUGGCACUGUGCUUCACCAUGAGGAGGGAGAUCGGAGAAAACCACGAAAUAGCUGCCAGGACGCAGCUGAAGAUGAUCGAGUCUCAGGCCUGGGUCAUCACGCCGGAGCUGAAGAGCUCAUUGGUCAAAGUGCUGGGUCUGCUGAAGGACGCGGCAGAGAGCUUCUCCAAGGAUUCGUGUGUGCGUCAGGCGACUCGCUGUGUCCGAACAGCUAAGCUGGUUGCUCUUCAGCUCCACUUCCUGAAUCAGGGAUCAGACCUGCGCAUCAUCAACCUGCGACCCGCUGAGCUGCUGAGCGCCGCCAUGGCGCUGCCGCGGUGCUACCAGGUGUUCGUGGUGUCGGAGGCAUACGGCUACAGUCCGGACUGGGCGGAGAUUCUGUACCAGAAGGUCGUCCUGAACGGAGACUUUGGUUACCUGGAAGAGCUCAAACGCCACCGCCCACUCACCUCCACCCUGUUUGAGGACAUUUUCAAAAAGCUGGAGGGCGCUCCCGGCAGCGUCACCUCCAACGUCAAGCGCCUGCUGACUUACUGCGAUGACGUGUACAGCCGCUACAGGCUGGCGUACCAGCAGAACCUGCACGACGUCACCAAGAUGCUGCUGCAGGACGCCAAGACGUCGAGCUACCUGAGCGACAGGCUGGGCAGCUGAUCAUUACCUGGCCACACCAUCAUCAUGAUCAAUAACGGCCAACGACAGGAAACACUGUGGAUGUACAGAAUGUGUUUGUAGAGAAAUACCGUGUCCUUCUCACCUGAUGGAUGAUUUCUUUCUCACAGGGUGACGAGGAUUUAGUUUUCUGGCUCAAAAGCUCAUCAGUGGUUAAAUAAGCACAAACUCUUUGUAGAAACACGUGAAAGUAAACAUUAAACAUGCUCUUUCAACUA